AAAUUAGAGAUGUAUAGCUUCAUAUUUUUUCUUGCAAUAUGCUCAGCUUUUGCUUUAAACAUAAACGGGUCAAGACCUGCUGUUGAAAAUGAGAAAAUGGUUGGUUGUUACUAUCAACAUUAUGAUAAUAAGCCAAUCGAAGAAAUGCCGAACCUCCCGUUAAAUCUAAAGAACGUUGAUAAGCCACUUUGCACUCACUUAUAUCACAAUUGGGCUGGACUUGAUAAAAACACUACUGUUGUCGUUCUCAAUCCAGAACAGGAUACAAGUCAUAAAGGAUUUGAAAAGUUUAAUAAACUUAGGAAAAAACACCCAACUUUGAAAACGUUAAUCUCCAUGCUCCCCAUGUGGAAUGUUCUACCGAGUCAGGGAUAUGAAGAUUAUUCUAAAUUACUGUCCGAUCCGAGUCUGCGAGAUAAACUUGUGGAUAAUGUUUUUGACUUCGUGAAAAAAUACAAAUUCAAUGGAAUAGAGCUAUAUUGGAAUUUUCCAGAUAAAGAUGGUAAACAUUCUUCUGAUAAGAAGAAUUUCGUUUCGCUCUUAAAGGAAUUCAGAGCAAAGUUCGAUAAAGAAAGCCUCAUUUUAUCGGUGCAAAUUGGUAGUAAAGAAACGAUUGCUGAUAUAUAUGAUAUCAAUGGAGUAUCUAAGUAUGUACAUUUUAUAAAUUUGCAAACUUUUGAUUCUCACAAUUCCACUGAUACGAAUAAAAAAGUUUAUCAUAAUGCUGCACUGUUUCCUUCAUCAAAAGAAAGUGCACAGGAAAAAAAAUUGAACCUUGCUUCUGUUGUGGAAUAUUGUCUUAAAAAUGGUGCUCCAGCAGAAAAGCUAAUACUUGAAAUUCCCUUUUAUGGUACUAACUAUACUUUGGCUGAUCGGCACAAAAUUGGUAGAGGUGCACCAAUUUCGGCAGGAAAUUCUAGUGCCAGACCAUAUAACGAAAUUUGUCUAUUGGAAAAUAAUCCAAAAUGGAAACAUUUGUACGACGACGAACAGAAAGUGCCAUAUAUCUACAAGAAGAAACAAAUUAUUGCGUACGAUAAUGUUCAAUCGAUUAAGGAAAAGGCUAAAUAUGCUAUGGGAAAGAAUCUUGGUGGGGCCGUGAUUUGGACUGUAGAUGAAGACGAUUUCGAAGGAAAGUGUGGAGGAGAAAAAUUCCCACUCCUGAAGGCUUUGAACCGAGCCCUUGGACGCAAAUUUUAA